CAAAGCAGCAAGCGAAGGCAAAGAGCGAUGCCGGUGGCUGCAAGCCCUUUUCUUCCCCCAUCGUGCGAGUCCACGGAGUGAUGUCACGGAGCGGUGGCGGCUUUCCCCGAUUCACUGUGUGUGAGAAAUCCCCGUGCACCCUUCUUCCACCUCCUACUCCCCGCGACUCCUCUUCGUUGAUUUCUCUCCCUCAAUUCAAACCCUUUGCAGCCCAAAACUCCAUGUUCUUCUCCGGCUCGCAACCUGUUGACAUCAUCACCGGCUACCUAACCGCCGGCGACCGGUGAUACUAAGCUAGGCCCCUUGUCCACCAAAGUCUUCUCUCGUCGAGAGCAGCUGCCCUCCUGCUCCUCGCCCGCUCUGCUGGUACUGGACUUGCGCGGAGUGGAGAUCCACCCGCCCGGGCCUGGUUGGAUUUCUUCGUUUCGGCUCUGAACAUGCAGUUAACUCUGACCUGUUGCUGUUUUUGGUAAAUGUUGCUGGUCUGCCAAGUGGGUGGAUUGUGCCAACCGCAGGCUGGCUUAUCAUCCUGUCAUAAGAAAAACGAAAAAGGGACGACAGAGCAAUUUGUUGUCUCAUUCUUAGGAGCUGGCGAGAACCCAGCAUGGCAGAUGCUAGUUCGAGGACUGACACCUCGACCGUUGUAGACACUGACGAUAUGAAUCAAAGGGUAACCCCACUUUUCUCCAUCUGUUGUAUCUUGUGUUCCUUAUGAUUGAUCAUUCAUGAAUUAUUGGGAGAGAAGUGAACAUAAUUUACAAAAUGGACAGAGUGGAGCUAUUGUCAUGGCUUCUAAUUCAUCUGAUCGAUCUGACAGAUCUGACAAACCUAUGGACCAAAAGGUUUUACGGCGGCUUGCCCAAAAUCGUGAGGCAGCAAGGAAAAGUCGACUGAGAAAAAAGGCAUUUGUCCAACAGCUUGAAAGUAGUAAACUAAAACUUGCAAGCCUAGAGCAAGAGCUCCAGAAAGCUCGACAACAGGGAAUCUUCAUAUCCAGCUCCGGAGACCAAACCCAUGCUAUGAGUGGAAAUGGAGCUAUGACCUUUGAUUUAGAGUAUUCUCGAUGGCAAGAGGAACAAAAUAAGCAGAUAAAUGAGCUGAGGACUGCAGUAAAUGCUCAUGCAAGUGAUAGUGACCUCCGUCUUAUUGCGGAUGGGAUAAUGGCACACUAUGAUGAGAUAUUCAGGCUGAAGGGUGUUGCAGCGAAGGCUGAUGUGUUCCAUAUACUUUCAGGCAUGUGGAAAACACCUGCUGAAAGGUGCUUCUUGUGGCUUGGGGGUUUUCGUUCGUCUGAACUUCUAAAGCUCCUUGUGAAUCAACUUGAACCACUAACUGAGCAGCAAUUGAUGGGGCUAUCCAAUCUCCAACAAUCCUCCCAGCAGGCUGAGGAUGCAUUGUCACAAGGAAUGGAAGCAUUGCAGCAAUCCUUAGCAGAAACAUUGGCUGGGUCCCUUGGUCCAUCAGGAUCUUCCGGAAAUGUGGCAAACUAUAUGGGUCAAAUGGCUAUGGCCAUGGGCAAACUUGGCACCCUCGAGAAUUUCCUUCGUCAGGCUGAUAAUCUACGACAGCAGACCUUGCAUCAAAUGCAACGCAUUCUAACGAUCCGACAAGCUGCUCGCGCACUCCUUGCGAUCCAUGACUACUUCUCACGUUUGCGCGCCCUGAGUUCUCUUUGGCUUGCUAGGCCACGGGAGUAACAUCGCUUGCGUUGGUGUCUGCUCCGUGAACUGCUGGCGGCAAACUCACAACACAUUUGCAGAUGACUGGAGGUUCCCUCCUUUCUGUACAAGAUGUAUUAACAUCUUCUGGUCUAAGAUUGUGGUCCAGUGCUGUACAAGUUAGGGUAAAGCUUGGAGUAACUUGUAAGUUAUCAUGAAUUUAUGAUUGGCUUAUUGUACACUUGUAUUAGCAAUAAAGAUGGAAGUACGUAAUAGGCUGGAAGAAUAUCCAGCGUCUAUUAAGGUUGGGAACGAGCAGCGUGUCGCUUUGAAUUUUUGGUUGAAGUCCUUUUUGGUUCACAGAACGAGAGAAAUUUUUU